GUCAUUGAGCAAACCCAGCGCUGAGCGGCAGCACUGCACCUAAAACACUGUUUGCGAGCGACACAUCUACCUUAGAUUCAAUCUCUGCUUUUUCCUCGUUAUUCCUAGACUCCACGCAUAUUCCCUCUCUCAGCGAUACAUGCAACUGAUACCACUCUGAACACAAGAGCUGGCACAGCCUGCCUCGCCACAUAGCAACCUUGCAACGAGGUGUUAACUAGCCUACUUUCCUUUCCAUGCGACUCCGUUAUCUCCGGUGCUUUCGCCAGCCUGCAAUUGAAAAGUUUCGGUUUUGAGGAUAAACGAAAUCUACGACCUUCAAAGGGAUUGUUUAUAACAACACGGUGACCUGAGGAGGAUGAACCCGCAGUGAGACUGGACCCUUCCGUGAGGACCCACCUUCCCCUGACCUGCGUGUCCAGAGCCGCCUCCCGCAGCCCGGACACCCCGCCCCACUCCUUCUUCUCUCAGCCCCUCCUCUGGGCCCAGGAACCCCACUCCUCAGGUACCAGGAUGGACCUGCACCGGGCCGCUUUCAAGAUGGAGUCGUCCUCUUACCUUCCCAACCCUCUGGCAUCCCCGGCCCUGAUGGUGCUGGCUUCCACCGCCGAGGCCAGCCGCGACGCCUCCAUCCCCUGCCAGCAGCCCCGCCCCUUCGGCGUGCCUGUCUCCAUGGGGGAGAAGGACAUGCACCUGCCCUUCAACAAUGGCUCCUACACCUUCGCCUCCAUGUACCACCGUCAGGGAGCCGUUCCCGGGGGCUUCCCCAACCGGGACUUCCCCUCCUCCCUGCUGCACCUGCAUCACCAGUUCGCCCCCCCAAACCUGGACUGCUCCCCCAUCAGCAUGCUGAACCACAGCGGGGUGGGGGCCUUCCGACCCUUCGCCUCCCCUCCAGACGACCGUGACGGGGCAGGGGGCUACCAGUCUGCCUUCACCCCAGCCAAGCGCCUCAAAGGCUGCCUGGAUGCAGACGCCUCUCCCCACCUGCGCUACACGGACGCUGAGGGUAAAGAGUAUGACUUUGGGGGGGGACAGAUCCCCUCCAGCUCCCCAAGCGCCCUUAAGGCAGUGGAGGACGCUGGGAAAAAGAUUUUUGCAGUGUCCGGCCUGUUGUCCGACCGCGAGACGUCAUCGAGCCCAGAGGACCGCAUCGAACGCUGUAAGAAGAAGGUGUCUCUUUAUGACAGCCAGACGCCCAUCUGUCCUAUCUGCCAGGUGUUGCUGCGUCCAGGAGAACUGCAGGACCACAUGGAGCAGGAGAUGGAGCGCCUCACCCACAUGCACCUCAGUAAGAACCCAUCACACGGACACAAGGAGGGCAGUGUGGUUCCAGGAACUCCUAAGUCUAUGCUGUUGUCGGUGCACAUCAAACGCGAGGGAGAGUCACCGGUGGUCUCCCCUCUCUCUUCUGAUGAUGCCCACCACUCCGACAGAUACCAGACGUUUUUAAGAGUGCGAGCAAACAGGCAAACGCGGUUGAAUGUCGAUGACCUCUGCUGGUGCAGGCGCUACGCCAAGGAAAGUGUCAAAAAUGCUCCCCUUGGACUGCACAAUGGAGCCCCCCUUGCCCCCUGCUGCAUUGGCCACGCCCGGAUUGGGAAGAUGAAACGCCGGAAGCCAGAGGAUGGGCAGGUAUGUCCACUGUGCAGCGCGCCGCUGGCAGGGACCGAGGAGGAGAUGAGUAGGCAUGUGGAACAAUGUCUGUUCAAGAGGGAGGGUGUGUUUGCUGAGGAUGACUCUGCAGACAUGGACGGAGAGAACGGGACACGCUUUGAGGAGUAUGAGUGGUGCGGCCAGAAGAGGGUCAGAGCUACCACCCUGCUGGAAGGAGGCUUCAGAGGAACAGGCUUUGCCAUGUGUAGUACGAAGGAGAGCCACGACAGCGACGCCGACCUGGACGUGGAUGGAGACGACACGCUGGAGUACGGCAAGGCUCAGUACACAGAGGCAGACAUCAUUCCCUGCUCCGGAGAGGACCAAGGAGAAGCCAAAGAACGGGAGGCCCUGCGCGGGGCGGUGUUGAAUGGUGGAAUGCCGUCCAACAGAAUAGCGGCAGAGUUCUCCAAAUGGGCCAGUGAUGAGAUGCCCUCCACCAGCAAUGGGGAGAGCAGCAAGCAGCAGCUGCCUCAGGACCCCAACGCCGCCUGCUCAUCCUCAAACGCGCCCCGGACCUGUAAAAACAGUGAAAUAGAGAAGAUCACAGAGGGCUCGAAAGCCACCACAUUUGAAGCACUAAAGGCUCGUAUCCGGGAACUGGAGAAACAGAUCCUUCGAGGGGACAGAUAUAAGUGUCUCAUCUGCAUGGACUCGUACACGAUGCCCCUCACCUCCAUCCAGUGCUGGCACGUCCACUGUGAGGAAUGCUGGCUCAGGACUCUGGGAAAUAAGAAACUGUGCCCACAAUGCAACACCAUCACAUCGCCAGGAGAUCUAAGGCGCGUCUACUUGUGAAGAAGACUACACCUUCCCUGACCGGCCUCCGCCUACAACCCCCCUCCCUCCAUGUUUUCCUCUUUUUAUUUCCAUUUGUUCUCACCGUUUGUGUUUUGGGGUUUGUAAAGCCCCCCCUCAUAGCUUAAAGAGACAAGACUGAUGUCUUGAUUGACUCUUCCGAUCAGGGGAGGAUUGAUUGAUUGAUCAACCAACCCGGUUGGGAACAGAACCGAACCCAGUUGCCCAUUAUGUCUGAGUGUUCUCAGAAUGACAAAUACGCCAACCACCCCUCUCUGGCUCCUCCAACCGCCUGCCUGCCCUCAAGUGGUGAGUGGUCCACUCCACAGUCAAAUCCCCUCCACCCUGGCUCACACUUCUGGUUCUAUGUGUUUUCAUCCUUUAGCUCUCAGGCAACCCAGCUUUACACUCAUGGAGCCCUCCUCCCUUGCUUGCCUCACCAACGUCUCACCAUGCUGAAAGGUGUGUUCAGGUAGGAGGAGGUGGUGAUGUAACCCCCCUCCUUUUUACCAUCACUGCUCGCUGUGUGUAGAAAACCCAUCUUGGUCCAAGCCAUCAGGACAGCCAAGCUAGAUAUUGAGCUGGCUGCCGGUCGUUGCACCCUGCUUGAAGGCCUGGUAAGGGGGAAAGGAAAACGAUGAACUCUGAGCUUUCUACCAAACUGACAACCUCAGAACAUCCAGAGGAUCCUCUUCUUUUCAGCCUCUUUUUUCCCUUUUGUGGUCUUAAAUCGUGAAGUCAACCAAAUUCCAAGAAUCAGUGCAAGCACAUGUAUAAUAGUGUAUGUUAGUUUACAGUGUUGUGUGUAAAUGACAUAGAGCUUACACUUCUAUACAUAUGUGCACACAUGCUUACACACAUUCACACAUAUAUGCACGCUCGCACACACAAACUCACACACACACAAACUCACAAAAGUAUAUAUGAAUAAAGUCCAGUUUUUAGUUAGAGUUUUGAGGAAGGUUAGGGAGUGAUGUUUAAUCGAUGUGAAAAAGAAAGCCCUAUUUUUCAACCAAUGUUGUCGUCUUGAGGUUGAAGUUGUAUUUCAUUGUACAGGAAUAGAUUUAAGUCACAAUAAUAAUAAUAAUAAACUACUCAACUAGAAAUCCAA